AUGGCUUACCAGAUUCUCGGGAAGGAUGUGAGCAAGAUCGGCUUUGGCAUGAUGAGCCUGACCCAGGAAGGCACCAAGACCCAGUCUACAGAUGACGAAAAGUUCGCCAUCCUAAAGGCCGCCCUCGCCGCCGGCUCCAACAGCUGGAACGGCGGCGAGUUCUACGGGCCGAACCUCGAGGACAACUCCCUGCCGGUGCUUAGGAAGUACUUCGAGAAGUACCCCGAGGACGCCGGCAAAGUCUGCAUCAACAUCAAAGGGGGCGCCCACAAGCCGCCCAUGACAGUCGACAACAGCCCCGAGUACGUGCGUCAGUCGGUCCAGCACUGCGUCGACCAGCUCGGGGGCAAGGCCAAGAUCGAUAUGUGGGAGAUGUGCCGACGGGUGUCGCAGGGCGAAUACCUGGAGUCCCUGCGCGUCAUCGACGGCUUCGUCAAGGAGGGCACGAUUGGCGGCGUCGCGCUUACUGAGGUGAACGCCAAUACCAUCCGACAGGCGGCCAAGAUCGUCAAGGUCGCCGCAGUGGAGGUUGAGAUCUCGCUCUUCGAGACGGAGCCUCUGCACAACGGGAUCUGUGAGGCUUGUGUUGAGCUGGGCAUUCCCAUCUAUGCCUACUCACCCUUGGGAAGAGGCUUCUUGACAGGCAAGCCAUUCAACCCACUGUUCAAGAUGCUGCCCCGACUCGCAGACGACAACAUCGCAGCCAAUACGAAGCUCGUCGAGGCAGUGAAGAAGUGGGCGGCAAAGAAGGACUGCACGCCCGCCCAGUUCGCCAUCAACUGGGUCGCCACGCUGUCGCAGCGUCCCGGCAUGCCCAAGAUCAUCCCCAUCCCCGGGGCCGCACACAUCGACCGCGUCAAGGAGAACCUGCGCGAGGUCGAGCUGACGGACGCGGACAUGGACGAGGUCGACGCGUUCCUGGUCGAGUUCAAGCCGGCCGGCGAGAGACUGCCUGCGUUCUUCGCACAGUGGCUCGAUACGAAUGAGUCUACUGAGGUCUGA